AUGGGUUCGGGAGAGUUACCGUGCUACACCCUCAUUCAUGUCCCCAACGAUGCCGAUCUUCCCAAUGAAGCGCAGUUGAAAGAGAAGUUCGAAAAAGGAAAUGAUAAGGAGAAGACUGAUGCGCUGAGGAAACUGAUUUACAUGAUACAAAAUGGAGAAAAAGUUGGUCAAGGAAUGCUGAUGUAUGUUAUAAGGUUUCUACUGCCGUCAAGUGACCACACGCUUAAAAAGACUCUACUGAUCUUUUGGGAGGUUGUACCAAAGACAAAUGCUCACGGGAAACUUCUCCAAGAAAUGAUUUUGGUGUGUGAUGCGUACAGGAAAGAUCUACAGCAUCCAAAUGAGUUCGUGCGUGGCUCAACACUUAGGUUUCUUUGUAAGUUGAAAGAACCAGAACUUCUUGAGCCUUUGAUGCCUUCAAUAAUUGGUUGCCUAGAGCACCGUCACUCAUACGUGAGAAGAAAUGCUGUAUGUGCUAUCUUCACCAUCUACCGCAAUUUCGAGUUUCUUAUUCCUGACGCUCCAGAACUUGUGUCGAACUUUUUGGCAGGGGAACAGGACUCAUCUUGUAAACGCAACGCAUUUAUGAUGCUGUUACAUGUUGAUCAAGCACGGGCUCUGGAUUACCUCUCUGGUUGUAUCAACCAGGUCGCCCAGUUUGGUGAUAUAUUACAACUGAUUAUCGUAGAGCUGAUAUACAAGGUUUGUCAUGCUAAUCCAACUGAAAGGUCGCGUUUCAUCCGAUGUGUGUAUAACCUUCUUCAAUCGUCUUCGGCUGCAGUAAGGUCAUAUGAGGCAGCUGGAACCCUUGUAACGCUUUCUGCAGCUCCGGUUGCUAUAAAAGCUGCGGCUUCCGCUUACAUUGAUCUCAUUGUGAAGGAAAGCGAUAAUAAUGUUAAGUUAAUUGUUCUUGACCGCCUGAUGGACCUCCGUCAAACGCCAUCUUACGAAAAGGUUUUGCAAGAACUGGUGAUGGACAUUCUUAGAGUAUUGUCCUCUCCUGGUCUUGAUGUGCGACAGAAAACUCUUAGCCUUUGCUUAGAUCUCGUCUCAAGUAGAAAUGUUGAGGAUAUGGUCAUGUUUUUGAAAAAGGAAAUUGCAAAGUCUACAACUGAGCCUGCUGAAGAAGCUGGGAAGUAUCGCCAGGCACUUGUUAAGACUCUUCAUUCUGCAACAAUCAAAUUUCCGGAUGUUGCGGCAUCCAUUGUACCUGUUCUUAUGGAGUUCCUUUCUGAUGAAAAUGAGACGGCCGCUCAGUACGUUCUGCUCUUUGUUCGCGAAGCUGUCCAUAAGCUGCCACAUUUGAAGGAGACGAUUCUCCACUCACUAGAGGAGGGUCUUUUAUCUAUCCGCAAACCGAAAGUCUUUAUGGCAGCAUUGUGGAUACUUGGAACUUACUGUGAAACAGAUGCUGCUUUGUUAGCUGUCUUACGUCUCAUAAAGUCUUCUCUUGGAGAACUGCCUAUUGUUGAUAGCGAAAUGCGUCUCUUGGAAGGUGAUGAACCUUCUCAUGAAGGAAAUUCUGAGAAAAAGCUUGUAACAGCUGAUGGCACGUAUGCAGCUCAGUCGGCGUUUUCUGUGGCUACAAAAACACUUAAUCGUGAAAGACCUCCACUGAGGCAAUUCCUUCUUGAUGGAGAUUUCUUCCUUGGAGCUUCCUUGGCCACCGUGCUUAACAAACUUGUCGACCAGUUCUCAAAAAACAAUGCAGAAAGUCCACAGAGAUCAAAUCGUUUUCGCGCUGAAUGUAUGUUUAUUCUGGCUUCCAUUAUCAACUUAGGAAAAAGUGGUCUUGCAAAGCAGAAUAUUACUGAAGAUGAUCUUGAUAGGAUGGGAACAGUAAUUAAGCUUCUCGCUCAAGGAUGUUCCCAACUUGAUGAUAUGUUCAUUGAAAAGUGCAAGGACAGUCUGGAGCUAAUGUUGAAUAGUUGUCAACAAGACAAGACAGAUGAGAUUUCCACUAAAAAGAAGAACAUUAUUGAGGUGGACAAGACAAUCAUCUUCACGCAGUUAAGUGCUCGAGCCGAUGCAGGCAUCGGUGAGAAUCUUUUUGAUCUGUCUCUUUCGCAAGCCCUUGGCACUGCACCGAAAACACAGAAGUUCGAUUUCUCUAGCUCCAAACUCGGCAAAGUUAUUCAGUUGGCAGGUUUUUCUGAUCCGAUAUAUGCGGAAGCGUAUGUGAACGUUAACCAAUAUGAUAUUGUUCUCGAUGUGCUUGUUGUAAAUCAGACAGCUGAUACGCUUCAGAACGUUUCGCUAGAGUUAUCAACCGUUGGAGAUCUUAAACUUGUUGACAAACCCACUCCUAUAACUUUAGCUCCAUCUGACUUCACUAAUAUAAAGGCUACCGUUAAAGUCGCUUCCACUGAAAAUGGUGUAAUAUUUUCGACUAUUUCUUACGAUGUUCGCGGGUCCACAUCUGAUAGAAACUGUGUCUAUCUUCAGGAUAUCAAGAUUGAUAUCAUGGAUUAUAUUGUGCCAGGGAAUGUUACUGACGCCGAAUUCAGACAAAUGUGGUUCGAUUUUGAAUGGGAAAAUAAGGUUAUUGAAUAUGUUAGUGACCGUCAACACACCUAUUACCGAUUUGCGCGAAUUUUUCUGCCUUUAAUUAUUAUGUCAAAUUCGGCUCCAGAAGGCGAUUGUGGAUUUCUGGCUGCUAAUCUAUGUGCUCAUUCGAUAUUUGGAGAGGAUGCUUUGGCGAACGUAUCAAUAGAAAAAGCAUCUCCACUCGAUGAAGGUUCACCAAUCAUUGGACAUAUACGAAUUCGUGCUAAAAGUCAGGGUAUGGCACUGACUUUAGGCGACAAGGUUCGUUCCGAGAUAUUCAUUGUACUUUGA